GGGAUGGAGGGAGGUUUGUGUGCACCAUGGCGGCUGGGGCAGGCGGCAGGAGCUCCGCUUGCCAGGGACCAGCACUCUUUGUGCUGUUCGGGAGCCUCUGCCGUGCCGGGCCUAGCGCCGGGGGUAGGUCCUACAGCUUGCGUGGGGUGGUCCCUUCCAGUUAGGUGUGUUACAGCCGUCCAAUGGAGAUUAAAGAAGUAGUCAGAAGGUAUGAAACAAGAAAUAAAACAGCAGCAACAGAAUUGUCAUCAUCCAAAUCCCGAGUUGAUUGGAGACGCACUAAGAGGGAACUCAUACUACUUGACAGCAAUGAUGAAUCCUCGGGUACCUCUGAGGAGGAAGAGCCUAGCACAUCAGAAGAUGAAAUAGACGACAAAGAUGAAACUGCUGUGAAGAACAGCCUUUCAAGUCAUGAAGAGAAAAGCCACAGUGGGGAAGUAGCAGACAGUAGUGAGGAUGAGGAGUGCAUUGUGCCUGGAAAGCGCAAAAGGUUGAACUCAUCUGUCUUGUAUGACAGUGAUGAGAGCGAGGACAGUGAUAUACUUGUUAGAAAAGUUUUUGCCAAGCGCCGCUGUAUAAUAGAUGAAGAUGAGGAUUCCAGAGAACUACAACCUGAUAAAACCUGCUCUACAGAAAAUGAUUCUACUAGUAAGAAACAGAAAGUGUUUGCAAAAUUGAAACAACUUGCAAGACAAAGAACAGCCUGGAGAUCCGGCAGAAGUGAAAAUUGUGAGGAUUCUAAUAGUGAAGCAGAAAUAGAGGAGGAGCCAUUCUUUCACUUGCCCCUCACACCCACAGAAGGUAGUGAAACUGACUGCAACAGCUUGAAAGAUUUUGUAGUAGAGGAAGAAGAUGAUGAUGACAGUGAUGACAUGGAGCAUAUAAUGGGUGAAAACCAGCCACAGCACAAAGAACUGAAUGGAUCAGAUAGUUUGCUGGCAAACUACGUCCCACACUUAUCUCGCUGUGAUCAUUAUGUACACUUCAAAAGAAUAGUAAAGGCUUUCCUCAUAAAUGCAGUUGAUGACACUUUUCUGAGCUCAUUAUAUGAUGGAACAAGACAGAAGAAGUAUGCACAGGAUAUGUUGCUCUCACUUCAUUAUUUGGAUGACCGCUUCAUUCAGCCUCGUCUUGAGAACUUAGUCUCUGGAAGUCGCUGGAAAGAUCGAUACAAGGAGCGUGUGGAUUGUUACCCGAAUGUUCACAUAAUCUUGAAAAGUCCAAAAUACACGUCUUGUCGUGCCUGUGAAUUGAAUCGUUAUUGUAAGUUUAAUGUGCUGCUCUCUGGAAAGCUUUAUAAUAGCAGAACAUUGGAAACAGAUGACUUCAUGUCAGAUGACAAACAGGUUUUGGAAGUUGGCGUGGUGUGUGCAGAUCGGACAAGAGUUUACCAUAAUUUGAAGCACUUCAAGUACAAGUUGUACCUGCAUUGCAGCUCCAUUACCAAGUUGGAGAGUUUCAAAGAUGAACCAGUCAAAGACACAGUAGAACAUCUUUUCAGUCAGUUGGAAGACAGUGGGUGGAUUCAAAAGAGAUACAGUGAUCUUGAAGACUGCAUGAAUGAUGCAGACAAUUUCCAAGAAGAGAGAAUAGAUUAAGUGGUCACAUAGCAUUUUGAAAGACAUCUGUAAAAAAAUUGAAUGACCUGUUUUAUGUGUAUGCACUUAAUCCCUGCUUGGUCUUCAAGAUUCUUUCUAGGCUGUUAUGUUUAAAUCCAUAUGCCUUUAACCAA